AUGACGAUGCCAAUAGAUCUUCCAUCUGAUUUGCAAGAGGAAGUUCUCUCUAGAGUUCCAAUGAAAUCUCUUGCAAGGUUCAGAGCUGUGUGCAAGCAGUGGAACACUCUCUUUGUAGAGGACAGGUUCCUCGCGAAGCACUAUGGUGAACAUCAUUUUCUAAUUGGGACUUGUUUUGGUGAGAUUACUUCUCUGAACAUUAAAGACAAUACACUUAUACUGCUCCAAAACCUUUCCGUCGGAAACAUUCGUCCAAAAAAGUUGCAACAAUACAUUAAAGUGUAUAAGAUAGGUCACUGCGACGGUGUAUUGUAUUAUGUAUUGAGCAACCAAAUUUUAGUUUGGAACCCAUUAUUAAAACUUUCAAGAUGGAUCGAAUGUGACUGCAGCGAAUUUUUUGAGCUAGAUGAAGCGUACGGCCUUGGAUACAUACGCCGAUCAUCAAGUAUCUAUGAUUACAAACUCGUAAGGUUUCGAUGUCCUCGUAACUCCAAAGGUAGACGUGCCACGGUUGAAGUCUACGAAUUCACCUCUAAUAUGUGGAAGACUAUAGACAUUAGUUUUGAUUGGUUCCUUAGAGUACCAUUGGCGAGUGUCUCUUUGAGAGGAACUCCUUACUGGAUUGGUCUUCGAGAAGACAAUACGGCUUUUAUACAAAGUUUUGAUUUUAUCAAAGAAAGAUUUGAACCUUUGGAUCAUCUACCUUUUAAGUAUGUUGAGGAUAAUUUUAUUGCACUAGAUAUUUUUAAGGGAGAUCGGCUUUCAUUGUUACACCAAUGUUCUACAACAAGGAAGAUAAACAUAUGGGUGAAAGAUUGUAUCAUGUCUUGGACCAGGUUGAUGACCGUGGAUAUACCAGAACUUCCGGUAUUAUAUGAACGUCAUAUAGUUUUGCCGGCAGUUUAUUUUGUUGUCAAGGAUAAUGAACUUGUCAUAUCUGCUAUAAACAGUGAAAGAGGAUUUCUAGACAUUUACAUUGUGAGAAAGAAAGACUUCCAGAAAAUUGAAACAUACUUGGGGUUUUGUGUUUCUAUUGCAUGCAAGUAUCGCCCGAGUCUAGUUCGGCUUCCGGGGUUUUCGAAACAAAACACGAGUCCGAUAGGCCAAUGGAAAGAAAACGAUCUAAGUAGUUUUGUAAUUAUUAUUACUUUUGGUUACUCCGCUUAUCUAUUGUUCCAUUUUCCGUACGUGAUGCUCGUCGCGAUCUUCACUCACCAACAUUUGAAAAUUUCCUCUUUCUCGUUGUUUAAAAUUAAUACCUGCCCUGGAAUGUUCUAG